AUGGAACAACAGCUACAAACCUCUUCAUCCACCGAGUUUGAAGCACUCUCGGAUCAGCUGGCCGAGCUAGAGGAACAUCUACUAACAAUAGCCGAAUCCGACCGGGUUUUAGCUGCCCUAGAAGCCAAAAUCGCUGUACGAAAGCUAAAAACUGGCAACCGAGCACCCGUUGCGCCACUUCCAUUCGCCCACUUCAAGGCCUUCUGUCUCGAUUGCGUACGGAAGUGUGAAACCGCCACGGAGAAGGUUCGCUUCGAGACGCGUGCCAUCGAGCGUCAGUGCCGCGACCAUUGUGCCCUGAUCGAGCAAAAGCGUCAAAGCGUUGGAAACGAUGCACUGCGGGUACAUCUCGAGAGCUUCGCGAUCGAGCGGCUCGUUGGUGAGCGUGACUUGCGGGCCGCACAGCACACCGAUUACGAGCUGCGUCGGCUCGGUGCGGAAGUGAAGCGUGAGAUGCUGAUGGAAAAGUUGGUACUGUACGAAACUGGCCAACAGCAUGGUCGAUUGCGCGACAGUGUGAACCAGUGGAGCAACAAGCUCACAGAAGUGCAGAACAAAAUUGAACGUACCGAUCGGGAGAUAGAAUUGCUGGAGCGUCAGAAUGAAGCAUUACGUGCCAAGCUGCGCCAAUAUCGUGUACCAAACGUGCAGGAGAUGGCAAACCGUGUGGAGGAGUUGCGCCAGCUGCAGGCUCAACUUUUUCGGCGGGUAAAGCGAGGCAUAUUGGAUGGCUCGAUUGCAGUUCCCGUAGGCAAAGUAGAAGAAUAGCAGC